UUAUCCAUCUCUACAGUUCCUUGUUUUCUCUCCUAUGUAUUCUUGAUUGUUUCUGUUUUUAAUCUUGGAUAGUGAUUUGAUUUCUUAUUAAAAGUCGUAAUCUUUCUUCUGGGUUUUGCUUGUCUUUUGUGGGCUAAUGGUUCAAUUGUUUGCUGUGUGUGGUUUGUGCCUCAAGUUUCGAUUCUUAAGAUGGCAUUAGAGUUAUCGGAUCAGAAAGUUUAGGUUUUUGGAUCGGUUACAUGUAAUGCAAUUGAUGAAUUGUUGCUUGUAGCUGUUAUCAUGGCUUCUGCUUGUUUAUAGGUUUAGUUAUACCUGUGAUUACAUCCUUUGAUUGAUAGAAAGUGAAUAUUGAUGUUGUAAUUGAAUUUUGCUGUGUCAUCCGAUUAUUUAUGAACAAUUUCAUUCUGAGCUUGAAAUCUCUACUGCUGAAACAAAAGUGGGAGGGAAGGAUUGGUUUCAAAGGAUUAUUGAGGCGCCCUUGAAAGGUUAAACUAAUAGGACCAAGUUGUUAAUUGCUAUUGUAUUCCCUAAUAAGUCAAUCACCCACCUUAAAAAGGCCUUCGAGUUGUUCCUAGGGGUGAAAAAAUAUUGAUAUGAGCUCCUUUAGGUUGAAUGCUCUGCAGUGGGGCAGCAAGUGUGGCAUAUGAUGCUCUAGACAUUGUGUAGCCUCUGAUAGUGUUUCUUGUUUGACAAGAGUAUAUGUGAUGCAAGUUCCUAAGAUUUUAAACAUGUGAGCAUUUUCAUUUGCAGUGUUCCUCAUUUUUUCUAGACAUAGGUGUAGAUAGGGUUUCCAAGAUUUAAAAAUACUAUACUGUCAACUUGUCCUUUUCCCAGGCAAUAGAACUUAAGAGUGCAUCACUGUCCUAUAGUCAUCAGAACUUUCCUCUUAAAGGACAGUUAUGGCAUUUGAAUGUAUUGUUCAGAGUGCCAUGUAUAUUUUUUAUGGGCUUUUCAAUAUUGAUGAUGAAUUUUGCUGUCAUGUCUGGUUUUUUAUGAAUAAAGUUCAUUCUGAGCUUGGAGUCUCAUCCUCUAAAACAAGGGCAGGAGCUAAGGGUUGAUUUCGAAGGACUGGGGUACCCUUAAAAGGUAUGGAGUGUUUUGACGCCUGGAAAAGAUCAUGGCGCAGUGCCUAGACAGAAUAAAGCAUUUUUGUGCUGCUGUAGCAAGCUGUUGUGAUGCGGAUUUGUAUAAGCAAAACAAGGGGCUGGAAGAUCCAGAAGCUCUUGCAAGGGAAACAGUGUUUAGUGUGAGUGAAAUAGAAGCGUUGUAUGAACUGUUUAAGAAGAUCAGUAGUGCAGUCAUUGAUGAUGGGCUGAUCAAUAAGGAAGAAUUUCAACUAGCAUUAUUCAAGACAAAUAAAAAGGACAGUUUAUUUGCAGAUCGGGUAUUUGACUUAUUUGACACAAAGCACAAUGGAAUAUUAGAUUUUGAGGAGUUUGCACGUUCUCUCUCUGUCUUUCACCCCAAUGCACCAAUUGAUGAUAAGAUUGAAUUUUCAUUCCAACUGUAUGAUCUCAAACAGCAAGGACUUAUCGAGAGACAGGAGGUAAAGCAAAUGGUAGUGGCUACACUUGCUGAAUCUGGUAUGAAUCUGUCAGAUGAUGUUAUAGAGAGCAUUAUUGAUAAGACAUUUGAGGAAGCUGAUACUAAGCAUGAUGGGAAGAUUGAUAAAGAAGAAUGGCGAAGCCUUGUUUUGCGACAUCCUUCUCUUUUGAAGAAUAUGACUCUCCAAUAUCUCAAGGAUAUCACCACGACAUUCCCAAGUUUUGUGUUUCACUCACAAGUUGAUGAUACCUGAGUAAGUUGUACUGAUGCCGUUUAAAAGAAAUGUGUGGGGUUGUGUGCAAAGGGUUCCUAGAUAUAGGAGGAAUGCAGUCUUGAGUUUUAGAAAUGCAAUGACUUGAGCAUUCUCUCCAUUUUGCGUAGAUUAGAAUUUCUACCUUGAACAAAUGGGUUGCGGUUGUUUGUUCUUUCAUUUGUAUGGGGGUUAAAUUCCACGGUUGCAUUUAAUUAAGCUUUGAUUUAGUUUUUUGA